CAAAAACAAAGGAUUUUAGAGAAGUGAACAGGGAGAUACGUAAGUAACCUGUUUAAAGCCCUGGACAAAUAAUUCAUUGUCUCAUAAAGGAGCAGAACACUUGGUCGUAAAGUAUCGUAUCUGCAUAUAGGAAAGACAUAAUGCUGAGGAACGAUGAAGAAGACGAUUAUUGGGAUGAAGUUGCGCCAAAGGCAAACAUUUCGUGGGAUGAUUUGGACCAAAAGAAUCUGCUGGGAGCUACAGCGGGUUCAACAGGAAAAUUGUACCAGCAGUUAAAAAGUUUUGAUUCACUCAGCAUUUUGGAUUCCAACCAAUCGGCUCAAGGGCAAUCAAGUGAGCCAAUCGUCCCCUUGACGAGCCUGGUUUUAGAAUCGAAUAUUGAUUUAAUUGUGCGGCUAGAGCGACCAGAUUUACAAGAGAUAAAUAAAACCAUCAGUGAAGAAACACUGAUAGAGGAAAUGCUUCUUGGUCACCCUGUCUCUCUCGAUAGUUGCAAAUCCCUAAGGGCAAAGACAAAUCUUCUUCAGGGAGCAGUCAACAGUGCAGAUGGCGAAGUAAUUUUAAAGGUGGUCCUUUAUCUCAUGAGCACUUUGUCCAAAAAACACGCGAACAAGAUGCUUGGACAGCAUCCAGUUGCUGCCAAGGUGUAUGCCAAUUAUUUAUCCGUGUCAAAUCAACACCCUUCUUUGGCAAAUCUGCUUGAAUCGUUAGGAAAAAUGAGAGAAGAUGCUAUUUUGCAAUAUUAUUUGGCGAACUUGAACCAAACCGCAGGCGCUGCAAGACAAGCGCAAAAUAUUUUCUCCGUGUCUAGCAGCCAUUUCAACAGCGAAGCCAGUGACAAACACCUCAAACGCCAUGUUAAACUAUUAGAGCUGUGCAGUGGCCUUGGAAUGAAUUCGAACACCACAGGCCACGAGUGGCUUCGAGAGGCCUUGAGUCGCAAUCCAGCUAAUAUUUCUCAAGCAGCAACUUCUAUUGGAAUGUCUGAAAAAAUUUACCAGUGGAUAAGCUUGAAAUACUACAUUUCCAGCGGGAAUUUCAAGGAGAUUCAGAAUACUUUUAAAACUUCCUGGUUGAGUGGAAACAGACCCAAAUCCAUCAUCCCGCUGAACAAAUUGGUGAUCGAGCUGGAGAAAUCUAAAGCGCCUAAGGAGCAAAUCCUGAAGUACGUUAAAAUGAUCGAAGACCCUAUAGAGAGGAGGAAUUUAGAGGCAAAAUACGCCAGCCUGUGACAUUAGGUUUCCAAAGCAAGAAACAAUACUUCCAAAAGUACUUCCAAAUUACAAAAAGCAAUGAUUAUCGAUAUUUUUUUGUUAAAUGAAUUUUAUUUUCAAAUUUUCAA